AUGUCUAAAGCACCGCUCCUCCUGCGCGCUUCUCCAGGUUUCGGUACCGGAUCGUACGGCGCGGCCCCCAUUAAAUCCGAAUCCGAGUCUACUGGCGACGCUGACGAUGGAUUUGCCGAGCUUCCCGGCCGGCGCACGCCGCAAGUGGAAGAGCACGACCAUCACUAUUCAAGACGGCGCAAGUCUGGUAGCACACAGCGUUCAGAGGGCCUCACACGAACGAGUACCUCGUCGCUGAGUCGUCAGAGAAGAAAGUCUGAAGAGAUAGGAGGCUCGACCGUUGUGGGUGGUCUCGAAGGUCGUGUAGUGACCGAAACAUUUGUGGGAAGCGAGACCAUGUCCGACGCAAAGUCUGACAAGAUGGCCGGCGACGAGGAGGCCUACGCUCAUGAUGACGACCUGUUGAGCGAAAUCGACGACGACGACCCGCCUGACAACUCACCCUAUGCUCAGGUUCGGGCUUCUGUGGCACCCACCGAUAAUAUCACCCUAUCUAUAAAUACCCCCCGCAUGUGGAUACUGUCUACUCUUUUCGCCGUGCUUGGAUCUUCAACCAACUUGUUCUUUUCCUUGAGAUACCCUAGCGUUGCAAUUACACCCGUCAUAGCGUUGCUCCUUGUACACCCUCUCGGUCUGCUGUGGGAUUUUCUUCUGAAGCGACAAGACGACCCCGUGGAGGACUUUGUUGACGGCGUCCGAGUCUUACUUCGACAUUCGAUCUCCCGCGGCAGCCAUGGCCAACUGCCUCUUCAGCAGAGAAGUUGGAUCUCGCGGUUUCGGCUAUGGCUUGCUCAGGGGAAAUGGAACGAGAAAGAGCACAGCUGCGUUUAUGUUAGCAGCAAUGUGUCGUUCGGCUUCGCAUUUGCAACCGAUGUCAUCGUUGAACAGACGCAGUUCUACAAGCAAGAUGCCAGCAUUGUAUACCAACUGCUGCUCACUCUGUCGACGCAAAUUCUUGGAUAUGCCUUCGCAGGAAUUACGAGACGGUUCCUCGUGCGACCCAGUGGUAUGAUCUGGCCGGGAACAUUGAUGUCAGCAGCCAUGUUCACUACUCUGCACAAAGAGGAGAACAAGCCAGCAAACGGGUGGAGAAUGAGCAGAUGGAAAUUCUUCUACGUCGUGUGGUUCGCGUCAUUCAUCUUCUACUUUCUCCCCGGUCUGCUCAUACCGGCCCUGAGUUAUUUCAAUGUCAUCACCUGGUUUGCGCCAGACAAUGUGGUGGUAGCCAAUUUGUUCGGAGUUGUGUCCGGUCUAGGACUGUUCCCACUAACCUUCGACUGGGCUCAGGUGGCUUACAUUGGUUCGCCGCUACUAACGCCGUUCUGGGCGGCUAUGAACGUUGUUGGUGGCUUGGUAGUUGUGAUGUGGAUCAUUGCGCCAAUUGCAUACUAUACAAACUUGUUCUACUCGUCAUACAUGCCAAUGCUUUCAGCGUCGGUCUUCGACAACACUGGCCAUGUCUACGACGUCAGCCGAAUCCUCACAUCGGACUUCGUGUUCGACCGUGAAGCAUACUCAAACUACAGUCAGGUCUUCCUUCCUAUUGCGUAUGUCCUCAGCUAUGGGCUGCAAUUUGCCGGUCUUGCCUCGCUUUUGACGCAUACGGCUUGCUGGCACGGAAAGGACAUUUGGACGCAAUGGAGGAGAUCUUUGAAGGAGGUUGAAGGCGAGACUAAGCCAGCGUAUCAACCCUUGUCGACUGGGGGCAACGGAUUAUCACCCAUAUCUAGGAGUAAUGGGAAUGGGACGCCGCCAAGACUGAAGAGGUCGGACUCGAAUGUUGACAAUAAUCUCCUUAGUCGAGAAGAUGUCCACAACCGACUCAUGAGGAGAUACAAGGAUGCGCCAGUUACGUGGUAUCUGACGACAGGGGUGAUAACGGCGGCGAUCGGCAUAUUCGUUGUCGAGUAUUACCCGAUCCACUUGCCUUGGUAUGGCUUACUCCUUGCUCUCGGAAUAUGUUCGAUCUUGUUCAUACCCAUUGGCAUUGUCAUGGCAGUCACAAACCAGCAUAGCAGCAUCUAUCUGAUCUGCCAACUUAUUGCUGGCGCCGUUUUCCCGGGCCGGCCCGUCGCCAACAUGGUGUUCGUGACAUAUGGUUACAUAUCCUCGGCUCAGGGAAUCAAGUUCGCAGCCGAUUUGAAACUUGGACAUUACAUGAAGAUCCCACCGAGGAUUCUCUUCAAGGUGCAGAUGGCGGCGACGAUAGUAUCGUCCAUCACGCAAAUCACGGUGCUGAAUUGGAUGUUCCGCAACGUCCCAGGCCUCUGCACGUCGGAAGCGAUUAACGGAUUCACCUGCCCAAUUGCCCGGGUACACUUCAACGGCUCUAUCCUCUGGGGAGUGGUCGGGCCGGCAGAAUUCUUCGGCCCCAACGCGACAUAUCAUCUACUGGUCUGGGGUUUUCUAGUAGGUGCGAUUGCGCCAAUCCCGCUUUGGUUGUAUGGACGCAACAAGAAGAAGAGCAUUAUUCGGAAGAUCAACCUACCGGUUUUGUUUGGAUCACUCAGUUGGAUUCCUCCUGCGACGGGUCUAAACUUCUCAGUCUGGGCACUCGUAUGUUACGUCUUCAACUACCUCAUCAGGAACCGUGCGUCGGCCUGGUGGGCCAAGUAUACGAUGACGCUGAGUGCAGCUCUUGAUUCGGGGUUGGCAUUCGGCAUCGUCGUCGUCUUCUUUGGAUUCAUAUAUCCAGGUUGGAUGGACGGGUUCAGUUGGUGGGGGACAGAAGUGUACAAACUAGGCUGCGACUGGCAGGCCUGUUCGUUCCGAACUGUUGCCAACGGGACGCAUUUUGGACCGGAUCAGUGGUAG